CUGUCAAAUCUCACACCUGCAGACCAAACACUCAUGAGUAUCGACGAAUUUAAUACAAACAUUGCUGAAUAAAUGGGUUUUGUCCGAGGCAUAUGUUAAAGUAGCAAUUAUCAGCAAGCAAACACAAUUGCCAUGGAACAUAAAAGGCUGAUAUGUUUUCUGGUGCUGUUUUCUUUGGUAUCUGGUGGUUACUUUUACCCCAGGGACCUCACAGAUGUCUGUCCUCGUAUGUAUAAGAAAACAUUCAAUGGUUACAUGCCCCAGGGAAACUUAAGUGCAGGUAUUUUCGAUAAAUUGGGAGAUGUUGGAGGUCUGGUUCCGUGCGUAAUGCAAUGUUGUAUGAAAAAAGACUGUCACGUUGCGUUUCUCAGCGACAACGAGUGUUUUCACAUCAAAUGUUAUAGUAAUGAGAGAUGCAUACCUAUUCUCAAGGUUGGGAGUAUCGGUCGCAUCUCGAUGGUAUUGGUCAAACCUACCGACGACGACACUUGGGAGGAGGUGCUAGCCACAAAAGAAUACUCCCAAUUUGACCGCGAAAAUGUCCUCAACUCUCUGCUAAUGGGAGAGGAAUCGGACGUGUACGACACGCUGGCGUGUGAAGUGGGCGAUUCGACUUGUAAUGUACGCACCGAAAUUUGCGUGCAGAACAGACCCAAGUCAAGGGCGGGCACGUGUCAGUGUAAGGACGGGUAUUUCAGGAAUCGCAAUGGAAACUGUCAACCGACCAGGCUCUUGAUGGCCGAUCGGGGCUUCGAUCUGGACGAUUUGGAGAUAACCACGUUGAGCACCGGCACUAAUUCUUCAUCGAAACCGGUAAGUCGGCAGCGUUUGAACGUGGUGGCCGAGUCGAAGGAGGUGCGCCUCCCUCGCAACGAAGUUACUCUGAUUGCACAUGUGGCCGGUCACGAUGAAACGUCGGAGGAGGAGAAAUACCAGUUUACGUGGACGUCGCUGCACCAACCCGAUGGCAGCACGGCCGUCAAGCACCAGAACGGUGGGAAGCUCCACCUCGAAAAGAUGAUGGAGGGUGUCUACGAAUUUAAGGUGAGUGCCGAGACUGCGGAAGCUUACGGCGAUACCUUCGUUAACGUAACAGUUUUGCCAGCGUCCAGAAUAAAUCAACCCCCUACUAUUGUUAUAACUCCCGCCAAUCAAACGAUUAAACAACCAAAUUCAGCCGCCGUUCUGGACGCCUCCUCGUCGACCGACGACGAUGGUAUCGUCUCUUGGCAUUGGGAACUGCAACAAGGGCCAGUCGGUUAUCAACCACAGCUAAAGGACAGCCCGACAUUGCAACUCAACGAUCUUACAAAGCCCGGCAACUACACGUUCAAACUCACAGUUACGGACACUGACAAAGCGACAAGUUCGAGUACAGCUAAUAUUACAGUUUUAAAGUUCACCGACUAUCCACCUGAAGCUAACGCCGGCGAGGACAAAAUAAUCUAUCUGCCGAAGAACGCGAUCACAUUAAGUGGCAACAUGAGCACAGACGAUCACAAUAUCACCACGUGGGAAUGGACGAAGUCGCCGGACGACGCCAACAAGGCGGUCGAUAUGCAAGACACUCGCACUCCUUAUCUGAAACUCUCCAACCUGGAGGAGGGUAUGUACACGUUCAUACUGAAGGUUACUGAUAGCGCGAACCAGUCGAGCACUGCGCAGGUGCACGUAUUCGUUAAACCCCCUACAAACAAGCCGCCAGUUGCAAACGCCGGUGGUAACAAGACUAUCAGUUUGCCUCAAACUUGGAUUGUUCUGGACGCGAGCAACAGCACGGACGACAACAAAAUUAUUGGGUACAAGUGGAUGCAGAUCGAAGGCCCGUCCACCGUCGCCUUCGAGAAUGUCAACGCCAGCAAGACCAACGUUACCGGCUUGACAAAGGGGGUGUACAAUUUCAAAUUGAGCGUUACCGAUGACAACAACAACGUUGCUAGCGAUACUUUCUACGUUAUUGUCAAUCAGAUUCAAAACCAGAAGCCAACAGCAAACGCCGGCGAGGAUUUCACCGUAGAGUUGCCCAGAAAUGUCGUGGUGUUAAACGGGUCGAAUUCAAAGGACGAUUGGGCGAUAACAAAAUGGAAAUGGACAAGAGAUCCGCAAUCGGUGGCUAUGGGAAACAUCGCCGAAAACACGGACGAAUCACCAGUUUUAAUUUUAACUGACGUCGUCGUAGGAAAAUACAUCUUUAAUUUGACCGUGUAUGAUGAACAAGGUGCCAGCGACACCGAUUCGAUAACCGUGUACGUCAAGGAAGAUCCCAAAUUGUUGGCUCUGGUAGAAAUCACGCUCGACGUCGACAUGACCAUGCUGACUGAAGAGCAGUACAACGCAGUCAAAGGAAAGCUGGCACUUUUGAUUUUAGACGCUACCAAAUUACAGGUACGCAGUUUGAAGCCGCAGUCUGGCACCGGCAAAUCAACAAUAACAUUCUUCGUGGAAGGUUCCGAUGGUAAAACAGUUUCGGCCAAUACGGUGGUGCGGCACCUCCGCCAAAAAUUAACAGUGGACGAAGGAAUAUUGGGCUUCAUGGUGAACAAACUGCAAACCACGGUGUGUCAAAAUAAUUGCUCCGGUCACGGCGUGUGCAACGAACAAACCAGGUUGUGCGAAUGCGAAACGUUUUGGAUGAGGAAUUUAUUCAAAGUAUACUUCAAUUCGCACGAAGACUCCGAUUGCAGUUGGAGUCUGUUGUACGUGGUGUUGGGAGUUUUGUGCGGCGUUGUUUCGUUCGCCGGUUCCAUGUGGGCUUUGAUUUACCUGUGCAACACAUGGUGGUCCAAGCCGGCGGGCAGUCGCAAGUCCGCGAACUACAACCUCAUCGAGAACACCGACGAUUUGCCACAAUUUUCGAGGAAGCACAACAGUCUCUCAGACAGCGACACCGACUCGGAUGUGGUGUUCGAAUCGCGAUCGAAACCGUCGAGGAAGUCGGGGAGGAACGGAUUAACGAAACAUGUCCGACGAGGACUGAAGACGUAAGCUGCACAGAACCGCCGAAGGUCGCACUCAAAUCCUUCCUUGGUGCCUCGAAAUUUUUCAUUUAGAUUAAGGUUUUAAUUUGAUAGUGUUGCCAAAUGAAUAAUCAAGAAAUGAACACAGUAAGUCUGCAGGUCAGUACCCCCUAUAAUUAAAGUAGCAAUGGUCGUGUGAUAUAAUUGUGUGUAGCAUAUCCCAUGGUAAGCGUAAAGUUUACCUGUUUUUUGGUUUCUUAAAGUUUCUCCUAACAGCUAAGUCAUAAAUCUAAUUUCUUUAAUUUCUCAUAAAAUGAUGUAAAUACAAGAGAAUAUAAAAAUAUCCUCCUAAAAUUGUAUUUUCAUAACAUAGGGUGUUAAGUGUGGUGUUUAAAACAUCAGAAAACUACAAAACUAGUUACUUUAUGUGGUGAUCGUGAUAUGUAUUUAACAUUUUAAUUUAUUUAUAGAUAGAUAUUAGUUGUUAAGGUUAACCAUUGUAAAUUGGGUAAGUGUGUUGCUUAGAAAGGUAAAAUACCUUGCUUUUUAAAAGUCGACGCAAUUGUUAAUUUUAACGACAAGCCCUGCUAGUUUAUGGAUUGGUUUUUUAGAGUAGAUCUAUAUUUUCAACUGUAACUUAUUCCAACCAUAAAGUGAUGGUGCUAUUUUAAUAUGUUACCACUUUUUAUUUAUAUUUAAUUGUAAUUGUGCAACUUGUUUUCUUAAGAAUGAAAAAUUGUACACACAUUUAUAUUGUUGAACGUAAAUGUAAACACGUUAAUAUGAAUUUGAGAACUAAUAUUUUUAAUGUUAGAACAAAGUACUUAAGCUAACCAAAUUAUACUAAUUGUAUAAUUAAUAAUUUGUUGGUAAUAUUGUAUUUUUUGUGUCAUAUUUGUGAUCAUUUUUGUGAGAUCUAGUUAUUAAAUUUAUAUGCACAUUUUUUGAGGUACACUUUUAAAUUUAUAUAUACUUUUAAUAAUUAAUUGUACAAUGUAAUCAGUAUUGAAUAAAAUAAUAUAUAC